CGGAUCCUACUUACCUUGGUCUAUCAAUCUGAUCGAAGCCCGAUUUGGAAGGCGUUCGAGAUAGCGGAUGCGAUAUUCGACCCACUGUGUCGUCAUUUCAUCAACGCGUUGCGUGACACCCGCAAAUUGAGGGGGCUGGAUGUACCGUAUCGGAGCAACAGCAUCUGCUUCCUACACCUAGCAUCAACACUCGAGCCUGCGGUACAUUGUUCGCUACAAAGUUCUGAACACAUACCAAGCAGUCCAGUGGUCUCCCACGCGUGGGUGAUUAUGGAUAAAGUCAUUGCGGAAGGUCUACCUACGUACGACGAUGCUACCACAGCAUCUGCGCCACGUACAUGGCUGCAUCGUAGGCAGAAGCGUAGGACGUUUCGCCUCCUCGGCGCCGCAGCUUUGACAUACCUUGCCUACACGACGCUCAGGAUAGCCAACAACACAGAGCGUAGUGCCAGCACAUUGUCCGUUGCAAAGUUGGAAGCUGACCUAAAUGUUUGCUCAAGCCUGAGACGACAGCCUGUCGAACAAAGCACUCAUCGCGAACAUAACAAGCGCUGGAUCGAAUCAACCAAUCCUGUUCUGAUCCGUAAUGCUACGAUUUGGACUGGAGAGCCAGCUGCGGGCACCUCUGAAGAUGAUGCAAGAGCUGGAAAGGGCUGGGGCUGGGUCGUGUCGGAUGUGUUCACCGACAAAGGGCUGAUUAUCAGUGUUCAACCGAACAUCAGGCAUGGAGACCUUCCUAGCAACACCGAGAUCUUCGACGCCAGAGGCCGCCAGCUGACCGCUGGUAUCGUGGACAUGCAUAGCCACGCAGGACUAGAGAGCCUUGGAAACCUCCAGAGUGACGACAAUGAGCUAUCUUCUGAUAUCACACCCUAUGUGCGCUCGCUCGACGGGAUCGAUCCCCUGCAACCUGAGUUCGAGUACAUCAAGUCUGGAGGAGUUACAACCUCCCUCUUCUUGCCAGGCAGCGGUAAUAACAUUGGUGGCGAAGCUUUCGUACUCAAAUUUGCGGUUGGGCCAAAGAACGGUCGGACCGAGAUCAGCCAGCAGGAUCUCUUCGCAGACCCAGACAGAACUUGGCGAUAUCUAAAGAUGGCCUGUGGCGAAAACCCGAAGCGCGUCUACGGCAGAGUUGGCGAGCGUGGCCCGUUCAGCAGGCUCGGGGAGGCAUGGGAGUUCCGUCACGCGCUUGAGCAGGCACGAAACUAUGUGCAAGAGCAGGACGAUUGGUGUGCAAGAGCAGACGCCGUUGGUGCUGAUAGGAUGGAGACUUAUCUUCGCCAAGAUUUGCAGUGGGAGACCCUUGGUGCCGUGUUGAGGGGUCAGGUCCGAGUGAACACACAUUGCUACACUAUUCCAGAUCUGGAAGCGCUCGUUCGACACACCAACGAGUUCAAAUUCCGCGUGUACGCAUUUCAUCAUGCGCAUCAGACAUACCUGGUACCAGAAGUCUUGCGUCGAACUUUCGGUGGAACACCAGCGGCUGCGCUCUUUGCUGACAAUAUGUACUACAAAGUUGAAGCAUACACUGCAUCUGAGCGCGCUGGUGCGAUCCUCUAUGCUCACAACAUCACACCAACUUAUGUAUCAGACAACCCGGUCAUCAACUCACAGCACGUGGUUCUCGAGGCAGCGAAAGCAUACGGGUACGGUUUGCCAUACCAUGCGGCUCUAGCGGGGGUUACUUCAGCACCCGCUGAGCUACUCGGUCUUGGACACCGAGUUGGAAAGAUCAAGCCCGGGUUUGAUGCAGACAUCGUUGUUUGGGACUCGGAUCCAUUGAGUGCUGGCGCUACACCCGUUCAAGUCUGGAUCGAUGGCGCAAAACAAUUCCACGAUCCAAUUGAGCUGAAGAAGCCCACUGCUCCAGCAAUAAAGCCGGACGAAGACCUUGCCACAGAACUCACGGCCGACAAAGCCUUCAAGGGCACUGUGGUCUACAAGGGUAUAUCGCGUGUUCACGAUAGCUUCUUGUCGGACAAGACGGCGGCCAGCGAAGACGCCAUCGUAGCGAUUGUGUCUGAUGGCAAGCUUACUUGUGUCGGUGCUUGUACGUCCGAGAUCGCAGGGUUGGCUUCCACAGGUGUUCGUACUGUGCAUCUCAAAGAAGGCUACUUGACGCCACCUUUAGUCGCGUUUGGCUCGUCACUUGGCCUUGCCGAAAUCGAUGCUGAAAGCGACACUCAUGAUGGGCCCUUUCCUGAGGAGGGCAUCACUUUCGCCCUGGACGGUCUCUCAUUUGGCGGGAAGCAGCUUGCGCGAGCAUUCGAGCACGGCGUCCUCAGAGCUUUCACAGCGCCUGGCAAUGGAGGGAUCGACUCGAAGGGCGUGAGUGUCGGUUUCAGUACUGGUGCGAAGAAUGCGUUGGAGGAUGGUGCUAUCGUGUACCCGGAAUCAGCACUGCAUUACCCGUUGACACUGGGCGCAAAGGGUGGCAAGACACCCAGCAUCUCGAGCGUCAUCAAUGCACUUAGAACGCAGCUCCUUGAGGCUGUUAGCGGUGCUCGGGAUGAAGACUUCAAAUCGAACAACACCGAGAAGGCCUGGCUGCAGCGAGUUGUCGACGGAAAGUCUACACUCGUUCUUAGCGCACACAGCGCAGAUACUAUUGCGUCCAUUAUUCGGCUAAAGAGUCAUGUCGAAUCUGUCAGCUCACAGAAGCUCCGAAUUGUGAUCAUCGGUGGCGCAGAAGCUCACCUUGUCGCCGAUGAGCUUGCCGCAUCGAACAUCGCUGUUGUUCUUUCGCCGCUACUUCCUCACGCCCAGAGCUGGGACCAACGUCGUGGCCUUACGGGCCCACCACUCACUAAUGUAUCAACGAAUGUGUUGCUCGACGCCGGUGUUCAGCUCGGAAUCAGCGUCGAGGAGACUUGGGAAACGAGAGAUCUCGGCUUGCUGGCGGGUAUCGCGUUCGCGAAUAGUGAGGGGCGACUGUCCUUCAGCGAGGCGCUUGACCUCGUUGGAGCAAAUUUCUACAAAUUCCUCGGCUUGGACAACACCGUGCAUCCGGCUGGUGGGGACUGGAUCAUUUGGGAAAAGAGCCCGCUUGAAAUUGGUGGACGCGUGAAGGCUAUCGGUGGGAUCAACUCAACGCGCGCCUGGAAUUGAGCUCCUGGGUAGAAGCUGUGGUCACUGCAGGGAUUGCAUCUAUUAUCACGAGUUACGCAAAUUUGAUGAAAUUGGAUAAAUUCAUGCCCUGA